AUGAAUUUAUUUGCCACGACCUUUAACUUGCUGUAUUCCAUCUACGAGAACUUUAAUCCUUUUCGCAAGAAACUUUUUCAUCCACUUCCCCCAAUGUCUUCAUUAUCUUCGGAUGUCUCUGGUCUCGCCGAUAUAUCGUUUCGCAAGGAAAGUCUUUGUGAGGAACCGACGCCGGUUGACACUGAGGUCUCGGAAAUCAUUGCGCUUCACCGUUCCAAGGAACCGAAUGGCACACGAUCGGACGAAAUCAUGACCGCGAUUUCCCAUUGCAAAAACAGAUUGAAGGAGCGCAUGUCAGAGAGGAACUCGCCAGUGAAACAGAUGUAUCUUGAUAAAAUCGUCCAACUCAGUCUAGAAAAACAAGCACUCGAGGAAAGUGGCGCGGAUAAUGAGGUAGCGGUUCUGAAAGCAUUAGGCCAUGAAUUCUAUUUGCAACGUAGCCAUGGUCGCCGUAAUCCAUAUUGCGAAGUGUGCAUGAACACGAUUUGGCGGGUGGUUCAGUCGUGGCGUCGAUGUAAAGUGUGUGGAAUCCGUGCACACGACAAGUGUUGUAACGAGGUACGUCGGGUUUGCGCCGGUGUUGCAGUGUCACGACGUGAUUUUCGCUUGGCGACGGCAAUGUGUGAAGAGCGAGGAUUAUGCGCUCAGAACUAUGUUUGUGCAGAAUGUGAAGCUCCACUUGCCUAUGAGGGUCACACUAGUCAACAACCUCGACUUUGUGAAUACACAGGACUUCUGUUUUGUUCAAAAUGUCAUUGGGGUGACCAGUGGUCGAUUCCUGCGAGGAUAAUCCACAAUAUGGAUGCAAGACCACGUCCUGUUUGUCGGGCAGCGAAACAGCUUUUAGCUCUCGUCGACAAUCGCCCAUUAAUCGACUUGUCAGAAGUAAAUCCUUCUCUUAUUAAGUAUUACAAGGAGCUGAAGAGAGUGCAGCAACUUCGCCGUAAUUUCUUGCUUAUGAAGUGCUAUUUCAUAAGUUGUCGGAAUGCAGCGAAGCUGAGAAUUCUUCAAUAUCUGAAUCGACAUCAACAUUUCGUCGAAGGUGCCGAAAUGUAUUCUUUGGCUGAUCUUCGAGAGCUCUGUACAGGAAAUUUACUACGAGAUUUGGAAGACAUCCAUACUGUAUUCCGAAGACAUAUUGAAGAGGAAUGCGAAAUAUGUACAGGAAAUGGAUUUUACUGUGAAAUGUGUGAUGAACGCGAUCAAGUGUUAUUUCCAUUCUCGGAAAAUGUUGCCAUGUGCCAGAAAUGUCUGGCUGUUUUUCACGCAAAAUGUUUCGAGAAGCGCAGCAGUAACUGCUCAAGGUGUGAGAGACGCGAGAGGCGAAAUUCUCAUCGUAAUACGACAGAAGUUGACCAUUCUACAGAAGAUGAUAAAAGUCUUGAAGUUUGA